AGAAAAAGUAUCAUGACAUGGCGACUUUUUACUGGCCAUAGGUAUAAUACCUGAUAGACAUAACCGGAGACAACCCCAACCGGGCCAAACCCCUGUUGCGGUCUUGCUGUCCGUCCAUUUCUUACUCCACAGUCCGCACUUUCUACUUCGCCAUUACAGAGGUUCGAGAGUCGUUAACCGACUUUUCUCCCAUCUCCGGUAGCUGCUGCCCCGUCUCCUCCUUCUUCUCCUCAACACUCUCUGCGUCACGCAAGAUGUCAGAGCCACCCUUCGUACCCCGAGAAAGGGUUUUGGAAAAGCAAAAAUACUACCAGAGCAUCCAGAAGCAUACGUACCUGAAAGGCCCAUAUGACAAGAUCACCUCAGUUGCUAUUCCUUUUGCUUUGGCGGCUACCUCCUUGUUUCUUAUAGUAAGUCUCUGUUCGACUCAUAGUUUUCCAGGCCAUGCAUCUAAGAGAGAGGAGAAGUAUAAAAUUUUCCCAGCAAUUCUCGUGACAUGGUUGUUGUGUAUAUGCCUUUGUCCAGGGACGCGGAAUUUAUAAUAUGUCUCAUGGGAUUGGAAAGAAAGACUGAGAGGAAGUGUUGUUUAUGCAGCACAAGUAAAUUGGCUGCAGCUCAAACUAGACCACCAUAAUAUGCCCUGGACUCGAACAGAGUGUGGUCUCUGCCUGUGUAUUUCAUUUUAAUAAUUCCCUAGUUUGCCUACUUUGUCACGAGCAGUGGAAGUCGAAACUCCCUCAUGUCCUUACUUGUUCUGUGUUUCAAAUCUCAUGGUUCCUCUUGUUUUGAA